AUGGCACCGUAUGAAGCACUUUAUGGGCGACCUUGUCCUUCACCAGUCUGUUGGACUGAAGUAGGGGAAGUAACCUUGUUAGGACCAGACUUGGUUCAGGAGACCACUGAAAAGAUAAAACUGAUCAAACAACGGCUAACCACAGCCCAAAGUCGACAAAAGAGCUAUGCGGAUCAAAGGAGACGACCCUUAACAUUUGAAGUAGGGGAUCAUGUUUUUCUCAAAGUUCAACCUCGUCGAGGUGCUACACGAUUUGGGAAGAAAGGGAAACUUGCACCUCAGUGUGUGGGACCCUUCGAAAUCCUGAGCAAAGUAGGAGAAGUGGCAUACCGUUUGGCUUUAUCACCUCAACUGGCUGGAGUACAUAAUGUUUUUCACAUCUCUAUGCUACGAAAAUACGAGCCACACCCUUCUCACAUCAUCAAUUGGGAGGAAAUUAAUCUUGAUGAAGAUGUGACAUUUGAAGAGAAGCCUGUCAAGAUUUUAGAUCGUUGCGAGAAGAAAUUACGAGGUAAAACCAUACCAUUGGUUCGAGUUCUUUGGAGACAUCGUGGGACGGAAGAGUCAAUGUGGGAACGAGAAGAUAUGAUACGUGCCAAUUACCCUCACAUUUUUUAG